GAAAUUACAAAGUCAUUCGUUGUCCAACUCUCUCACACUCCAGUUUUAAUCUUAGCACCAUGAAGCUGAUCGCCCCAAUCGCCGCCCUCAUCGCCGCUGCAUCAGCCGGCCAAAUCUACUCCGGCCAAUCAGCGGAGAAAUACGCGCAGUCAGCCGAACAAUAUCAAUCAGCGCUCGAGUAUCAGCAACGCGGCUUGUAUUCUGACCACUCACAGGCGCCGCAGAGCUUCAGUCACGAAGCUCCAGCGCACUCCAGCAGACCAGCUGGGGAGAAGACUGCCAGGAUCCUGGGCUUCGAAGUGGAGAAUAAUGGACAUGAAUACAAAUACUCUUAUGAGACUGAAAAUGAGCAUGGUACCGUAGCCCACGGCGCCUACUCCUACAAAGGUGAUGAUGGCCAGACCUACACUGUCACCUACACAGCUGAUGAGCAUGGUUUCCACCCUCAAGGAGAGCACCUUCCCACACCACCACCAGUUCCUGAAGAAAUCCUGAAGAGCUUGGAGCAGAACGCUAAAGAUGAAGCCGCUGGUAUUUUUGAUGACGGAAAAUACAAGGAGCAAUCUGGCCACGGGCUGGCCAAUGGUCACCAGCAGCAUGAAGCCAGUUACCAAUCCGUUGGCUACCAAGCUCCAUCAGGACAUGGAUCAGGCGUUAACUUGGCGUUCCAUGGUCAAUCUAACCAUCUCUCUGGUGCUGACUUAGCGUACCACGCUCAUGCAGCCAAUGCACUCUCCAGCCACGGUCUUCAAGGUCAUUCUUCUGGUGCCCAAGUGGGACAUCAGACUCCUGCAAGUCAUGGCAUCCAGUUAGCAUUCCAUGUUCCUUCAGGCCAUGCGUCGGGUACUCAAGCAUCAUACAGUGCCCCGGUUCACAGGCCAAAUCCUCAAUUAGCGUACCAUGCUCAAGCAGCUCAAUCCUCAGGAGGGCAACUAGCUUUCCAUCUUCCUUCAGGACACAGUUCUGGUGCCCAAUUGGCUUUCCAUGUGCCAUCAGGGCAUGCAUCUGGUGCCCAGUUGGCGUAUCAAGUCCCCACGGGUCAUGCAUCGGGCUCUCAAAUGAUGUAUCAGGGAUAUGCUGGCAAUGCCCAUUCAGGUCAUGCUUCGAUUCCUGAAUUGGCGUACCAUCAUUAA